GUAAAAGUAAACUGAAAUCGACUUCUCGAAUGAAUGCGUAAUGUUUACAGUGAAUCGUCUAUUGAAUUAUUUUGUAACGAAACUUUCAAUAAUUUUGACAAUUGUGAAUCAUCUAAGGGUAGAAUCGAAAUUUAAAGAUAACGUGACUUAUCAGCUUUUCCAAGGUCAGUUUCAUCGAUAAGUGCUGGCAACGAUAAAAACGUAUCUAUAUCUUAAUGAAUAUUAUGUUUGAAAAAAGACCAGUUCAACGACCUCUGAUUCGAGGUCAUUCAAGGUCAAUUGGUAACACCUUAGUAGUCAGGUGUUUCGGAAAAUAUUAUUCUUAGAAUUUUUGUUUUACUUGUUUGUAAUUAGAAAUAAUAUUUAUCUAGAAUACAAUUAAACUACUACAUGUACGCGAGUGUUUAAGAAGCGAGGUUGCAGCUAGAACUGGCAUUUUAAAACCCAACUAUCGUUACGUGUAUACAACAUAUGUUUCCGAAUAUCGUGUCAGUUUGAAGAACGCCCUAAACGCUCGAUAUGGAGUGCGCAAUAUUCUGAGUUGCGCAAUAAUAUUGACAAUGUAGAGCUAAUAUCGGAAACAUACGCAUACUUGUCCGCUCAAAUGGACUUCGUAUACUCAUUACGUUACUGUCCCGUUUACUAAACAGUAUCGUUAAAAUAUUGUCAUAUGUAAAUAACGCUGAUUAGACUCAUCAUCGAGUUUUUUAUCCUCUUCACGGCACCUCUGUGUCGACGUUUUUUCUUCGAUUUUUCACGUUUGUCUCGUUCCUUGCAUCGUUACUUAAAUACAAAAUUUCGAAUAAAGAAAAAAAGGAAAUUCUGCUCGUUCCUCUAGAAUCUAGAGGAGGUAUCUAGAGUCUAGAUACUUCUUUGUCAAUGUUAUGAAAACGAAGCAUAGAGAGAAAGUUUAAAUAACGCUUGGAGGUCAGCGGACAGUAUCAAGUUCACGGGCGCUCCUGUCGAAUUCCUGAAAUGUCCGUGGCGUGAUUUUCUUUAGCGACAUUCUCGUCGCUUCGCCUAUCUCGCCACCAUUAUGCUUCUUUUGUUUUCGUUGCCAGUAGAACACGGCCACUGUGCACGAAAAGUUGGUGCAAGCUGUACGCUUCCGUGCUCGCGAAAAGUGGAACUCGACCUCGUUCAUCACGCGUCACCAUAUUGUAGCUAAAACUGUCACGAAUUAUUAUUUCGUAAUAUUUAUGAUGUAGUUUCGGUUCGCAUCAUCUCCCUGACCGUUGCUUAGCUCUCACUGCAGACUUCCGGUGGCCGUUCUGCGAUUAAUAGAUGAACGUGGGAUACGUGACGGAAAAUUAUUGUCUAUUUGGUACAAACGUACUCUAAUAAUCAAUCACGUUACUUUAUGUUACUUUGCUGAUAUAGGUUAUAUUGAAAAUAUCUUAUUUCUUUAGUUUCAAUAUAAAUUCCCAGUAGAGUUCGAAGUAUAAAGUUAAAGUAAGGAUCACGAAGAUAUUGUCUCGCAAGACAAACAAGCUUUAGAAAAAAAAAAAAGCACAUACUCAAUCAUGUUUCAAUUAACGUCGACUGGAGGGACAGAUCUCGAGAUCUUCGUGGCUGUGGUAUCGUUUAAAAAUUGAAGAUAACGUGGUCUCUUUGUUACAUUCGCUUACAGCCAUGUGCAAAGCUAACAAUAAAGGUAUAAGAAGUGGAUGCAUUGUAGAAAGAGAUGAAACGAAAGUUGCAAGUGUCAAAAUGUUCGACUCGUACAGAGAUAAGAAUGCUAAUGAAACGGAUUUAGAAGGAAUAUGUUUCUGUAAGGAAUAGUGGCUCUUUCAGGCUUGUCCCCACCAUACCACGAAGAAAGGAUGCUUCCAAAAAGUAUGCGUGCGAGAGUGAUGUAUCUAGAUCGGGCACGUAUUGUGUGAAAGAAAAUUAUACUAAAAACCGGAUGGUCAGCGCAUCCUGUCUUGGACAGGAUGAAUUACAAGCGGAAAUUCAUGUUCAAUUAAAAGUCGAGAAAUACAUCGUCCAAAGUAGGCUUUUCUUUUUUAACGUUACCUUCUCUGUGGUGUUUGUUAGUCGUAGGCGAAGGGCGUUGGGAACGGGAUCUACGGUCCUGGAACAAAGUACAGUACCGUACGAACUGUUCGUUGACCCAGUAACAGUUGACAUGUGGGAUACAGGAUUUGUCUUAAAUAAAAUUUUCCAAUAUUUCAUAGCAGAGUAUAAGUAUAUCAUACGUAAAAUCUCGUGUAGAUCGUUUAUCUAUGAAACGAAAUAUUUCAUAACGGACAAUUAUGGAUUCAACUAUUAAAACGAAUAAAUGAGAACAAUAAAUUCCUGUACGUUGGUUUUAAUCUACGUUACUCGAAUAGAUUAAUAGAAUAUUGUUCGGCUUUGUAGAUAAGGGAUUUUGUUAAUUUCUGGUAGAAUCAGAGGCUCGAUGACGUCGCGUUACGUCCCUGGGUGUGGGUAGUGGGAGUAAGAACGGUGCGCAUGCGCGUGGAGGCGCGAGUGCCCAGCUGUGCGUGGACGUGAAACGCGGCGCGACCGACGGUGGUGGCUGCUAGGAAAGCAAGCGAGCGAACGAGCGAGCAAGCGAACCAGCCAGAGACUGCCCUCCUGUCUCCCCCACCCCUAGCAUGCCUUGGAGAGCCCAUGGCCUCCGUACACACGGAGGAGAGUGAGCCCCAGCCGCUCCUCACGUCAUCCGCUGAGAGAGAGACGACGAGGCCUCGACACGGCGAGGAGCAAUAAUUCUAACGAGCCAAGAUGGCGGCGGACACGGUGGCCCUGUCCGCGCUCACGCUCGCCAGGGGCGACAAGAUCCUCGUGACCGUCGAGUCCGCGCUACCGGACAUCGUCGUCGUGUCCUUCGUUCACGGUGCCAAGUGCUUCCAGGGCGCGUUGCUCGACGCCACCAAGAGAGGCCUGCCUUGUGGCGUCCAACCCCCUGAGCCAGUUCCAGAUCCAGAUGGCGACAAACUGGCGACGAUCGCGGCCCGUUUCAGCUACUUUCAGGAGAGAAAGAGCUCGCUGGCCGCUGCCAAAGUCGAUCUACGCCGGAACAUCAACCCGCCUGCCAGGUAUAAGAACGCAAGGCCGACGGUCAGGCUCAGGCCCCGUCAGGUGCUUUGCAGCAAGUGUAGAUCGAUCUGCAACGAGAACAGCGAGAACGUCGACGUCAGCAGGAAACGGAAGCACGACGAGGGACAGCAAGAGAACCACCAGCAGCCGCAGCAACAACAGGUCGCGGGUCAUGGAUCCACCAGAAGAAGCGAUCGACGUUGCGCCCAGCAGCCGCAAAAAUCCUCCAGAGUGCUGUUCUCGGAUUGCCAGUCUGAAAACAUCGCAACUCAUCAAGCAACGAAAUCCUCGUCGUCGUCCGCGGCGUUGAGUCCCGACUCGUCGAAGUUGGCACCGUCUCUCAUACCCAAAAUCUCGAGACUACAACCCAACGAGAUCAACAACGCUAUGCAGGGAACCGAGAAGGUGAAGAUCGCCCCAUCGUAUUGGAAUAACAGAGCCCAGGAGGGCGGGUCAUCGGUGAACGCGGUGGAGCCCGCCGAAGAACGCAUGGAGUCGACGGAUUGUGACAGCAAUCCAUCGAUGGCGUAUUGCGCCACGCCCAGAAGACUAAGCAGCUCGUCCGUAGAAAGCGCUAAGAUACCCGAGGAGGACGAGAAGAAAACCUUCGCCGCGGCGGACUCGACAAUGAGGCCAAGAACGGCCCGAGUACCGCGAAAGAAACGAUCCGUCGGCUCGAUGGAGGAUUUGUGGGACGAGACGGUGUUCGAGGACCCGACGAGAACAACCAGAACCACGCCAGUGAUCAAGAUCUCGUUUGGGGCUCAGGGCGAGGGCACAGUUUUGAAAAUCCCCUCGAAAAUUCAGGAUCCCGAGUACGAGCAGGAGACCGACGAUGCGGAGGACCCGCAGACGGAAACGGAGAGGGAUCCUCUGGAAUUGCCGAGAACCUUUGAGAACGAUUACGACUUCCCUGUGGACUGCGAGGAGGACGGACAAGAGCAGGUGGACCCGCAGAAGCAGAGCGUGAAAGACGCGAGCGCGAAGGCGGCGAAACGAGCGCUGAAAAAAGCGAAAAAGGAAGCCAGGCGGAAAAUGUUAGGGGGUGUUUCGCCAGCGAGAUCUCCUUGCAACGGCUCGCCACGGUACAAUCCCACGUACGACACUCUGUCGUAUCACCGUCGCAAGCAUAAAGUGAAGCAUAAAAAGAAGCACAAGGAGGACCGGAAGCACAAGAACCAGCCGCAGCUUCAGCAGCCUUGUUUGGAGGCUGGCGCCGCGGAGAAUCAGCAAAACUGGAACGUCCUGCCUGGCAGCGAGUCGUACACAGCCAUAAAGGAGCAGUGCCUCAAGCAGAAAUUGUCCAUAUCUCUGAAGAGAUUGAAUACGAACGCGUACGCCAGAUGCGAUUAUCCGGUGAGCAAUGCGUCUUCGGGUUGCAAGAGCCCUGGCGCCAGCAGCGACGAGCUGAGCGAACAGGAGCCCGAGGUAGAUGCUGGUGAAACGGCUCCUGAUUUUCCCCCACAGUCUCAUCCCUUGAUGAUGCGUCUCGCUGCGACACCCGUGGAACAUUGCCUGACCGCCAGCGGCAGAAGAAUGGACGUUGGGGACGUAGUAUGGGGAAAAAUUCACGGGUUUCCAUGGUGGCCUGGAAAGGUUCUCAGUAUCACGGUUUCCUGUAAAGAAGAUGGCUCCUCAUCUGGGCCUCAGGCACACGUUGCUUGGUACGGUUCUUCGACGAGUUCUCUCAUGUCGUGCGACCAGCUGAGCCCGUUUUUAGAAACGUUCAAGACGCGAUAUAACAAGAAGAAGAGGGGACCGUACAAAGAGGCGAUACGGCAGGCGCAGAACGAGGCCCGAAAUCAGAUCACGCCUAACUCGACGAGCAGCGUGUUGAAUGUCUGUGGUUCGCCGCGCGAGGUCAACGUCGUCUCCUAAGGGAAGGUGCACGCCACCUGACACCAUUCCUUACUGCCGGGUAUUCGUCGGCCAAGAUUGCGAUCGGCGGGUCGGAAUCGUCAUGUAAUAUAUAAAGAUUUGUACAUAAUGACAUAGCAUUAAUGAAAUAGUUCUUGGAUCGAUGUUCUUAUCAGUCGCGAACCGCCCGAUGUCUCAUGGGGCAAACACGACUCGAAAUGAAGUUUACUGCCAUCACUGGCGCGUUUUUUAUCCUCAGCUUUUUGAGCAAACAUUUAGCGCGUAAGGAGUAUCUAGAUAGGGUAUACCUAGAAAUAAUGAUGUGUCAGCUCUCGAGAAUAAUUUUCGUAUUAAAUAUGACUUUUUCGAUAGCUGAACGGGCGUUGGUCAUUGACGACUCGAAGGACGCCUGUUACUUAAAUUCUUGAUAUAUAUAUAUUAUAUAUUUGUAUUACAAUUUCAUUGUGAUCGUUAUCGAAAUACGCUGCUGCGAGCUCAUCCAGUGCGGGCAGUGAAUCUUCGACAUUACAGUCCGCGGAUCAUUGCUGAAUACGAUCGUUAAUGACUCGAUUUCGUCGUAGAUCAUGAUGCCACGAUUAUAAAAAUGGACAAUAUCUCUGACCAGAUCUGGGCGUUUUUGAAGUAACGUUGCUUGAAAUACUAUUUCUGAUAACAUGUUAUCUUAUUACAUGGUCGUUCAAUUUUUGAAAUACAAUUAUCUUAUUCCUUUCUUGGAAAUUCUUGUGGAAACAAUCGACAUGCUGCCUCAUUUUUUAACGUAUGACAUUACAAAUGUUUUUCAAGGAUUAAAAUAUUAGAUAGAAAAAAUUUAAUAUUUUAUUUGAAAUAUGUUGAAAUGUGUUACCAAAUAACUUCGUUAUCUGAAAUAUUAUUUCAAAAAGAUAUUUCUUUUUUUAUUUUUAAUACAAUUUGCCCGGGUCUGCCUCCAACUAGUGAAGUUUGCAGCACUUUAGUUGCUCCAAAGUACUAUGUUUCAGAUUGAAAAAUGAACACUCUUUAAAGAAUUAAUAGAGAGGACGAUUCUUCCAAUUGAAAGUAGCUAGAGUUAUUUUUUAAAGUAGACGUAGAAAAAGUGAAGGAGGGUGAUAUUGUAUAGUUUAGAAAAGUUUGACUUCCUGCAAGUUUAUUUAUUUAUUUAUUUUUUUAUUUAAGUAGAACCGUGUAUUUUUUCAUAUGUCAUUCUAUAGGUAAGGAAUAAUGGAAGAUUUCAUUUUGUAUAGUAGAAAACGAUGAGGAAUAAUCCUUUGAUGUUUGUAGUCUAACGCUACCGCAAUUUAUUUUAAUUAUUCGUUUAUACUUUUUCGUACUUUUCCACGCAGAAUAGUUUUACUUUUUUUAAGAUAAAUACAUAGCUAUAUUUCAAAUGUAAGGCGUAGUUCGAGCAAUUACGCCAGUACAUUAAACAAAAAAAAGGAACAGAGUUUUUGAAAUUAAACUUUACUAAAUCGUACGAUAUUCCCUUCUGUCUUCGCUUAGAAAAAAAGCUAUAGUCCACUCACUUGCAAGAAUCAUCCCGUGUAGUCGGAACAAAUGGAACUUCUUGAAAGAAGUUCACGUUUAAAUCGAUCAUGUUUAAUAGACGAACAGUAAUAGCAACGUUUUGCAUUUUUUAAUAGAAUAAUCUACAAUGAACGUAAGCUGUAAAUCAAUUCUUCACGAUAACCUCAAACUAACUUCUGAGUUUCGUUUACGCUUCGUGUCAACACUGCCAAGGAAUGUAACUGGUACUUCGUUUCGACAUAACGAUCGUUGGAAGACAAUUUUCAGUCUUGGAAACGAGUAUCCUUUAUAAAAAUAAUUUCUUGGUGAAUUCCGAAUAUGUAACGGCGCAAAAUUUUAAAAAGGAAAAAAAUAA